AUGGUGCAUCACUUUGUGGACAUGGGCGUUGUCAAUGCCUGGCUUGUGUACUGCUGUGAUUGUUCACAAAAAAACUACCCGAAAAAAGAAAUAAAAGACCUGCUGGAAUUUAGGUCCGAUGUUGCUGCAGCUCUCUGCGUCCAGGGAAAGCAGCAAGCACGGAAAAGGGGAAGGCCUUCCCUUGAAGACCAAGAGGAAGCUGCAUAUAAAGAAAAAAAGAAGAAGGGUCCAGCCAAAGCUCCGCCUGAGGUCAACGUCAGGAAAGAUGGUUUAGGCCAUUGCCCUGUUAAACCACAAUUUGAUUGCAGAUGUGCCAACAAAUGUUUAAAAAACCUCGGUGAGGAAGACUGUCUUGAUGUAUUCCAAAGAUUUUAUGACAUUCCUUCCAAAAAUGAGCAAGACUUGUAUAUCCAAGGAUUAAUUGACGCUGUAGAUGUGCAACAAAGACGGCCUAGAGAAGACGUCGUGAACAGAGGAAAGAAAAAUGCUUCAUUUUCUUAUCAUCUUAUGGUAGGAGUUACACGGAAAGAGGUAUGUUUCAAAGCUUUUUUAUCCGUGUUCUCCAUUAGUGAGAAACGAGUUAGGAGGAUUAGAAAUCUAAAACUUCUAGGCAAAACUCCUGAGGACAAAAGAGGUAAAGGUGUCAGCCAUGCUUUACCUGUCGAAAUCUAUCAUUUAGUGCAUGAGCACAUACAAUCUUUUCAACAAAGAAAAGAUCUCACUCAAAGAAACACAUUAUUGUGGCAAAAAAAUACUACUUGUCUGCAGACCUGA